CCCCCCCCCACUCUCCCUCAUUCGCUUUCCCCCCUUCCUCUUUUCUUUCACUCGCUGGCGCAUCGCACACCAUCCUCUCCGCCCACCCGCGCGCGCUCUCCCGGGAUUGACCACUCCACGAGGCCGGUGAUCCGAGAGGCGGGCCAUCAUCCGCCAGGGCGCGCUUCCACACCCACCCAGCAUGUCUUUCCUGAAGAAGGAAAACUACCGGGCCGACCCGCCGGAGGGGGGACACAACCAACCUGGCCGUCGAUUGUUUGCGGUCAGUUUGCCGGAGGAUGUCCUCCGGCAGAUCCUGGCAAAUGCGGCCGGCGGCCCGGCACUGGACUAUGACGGCCCCGGAGCGCAGAUAUGUGCCGAUACGCGCAUUCUCCUUCCGUCAUCUCUCGCCCCGGCUCCCAGCCAUACCGCUCCGAUCCCGGUCGGGGGGGACAAUGGCCCCCCGUCGGCGCCUCACGAGUGUCGUGUUGUCUUCACAAAGCCCUCUCUCGCGCCGAGAUCUCCGGAGUAUGUCUUCCGAAUGAGGCACUCGGCGUCCAAGCGCAGCACCCAUGUCUAUCGGAAUGCCCCUGGCACAGGGGCGCCCACGCUGCAGCAUCUUGGCCCGCUUCUGGGCCGGAUCAUUCCCCUGACCAAUCGGCCGUUGGCCAGCGCCCCGGAGCCGACUCCCUCGAUCGCCGGGUCCGGCCAUCACCGGAUGGCGCCUUCCCAGCCGAGCGGCGCGCUAGCUGAGCGAGUCAUUUCCGCCAUCGCAGCCGCGGUUCCCCUGAGCAGGAAUGACAAAUUGUCGCCCCAUGUCCAUGAACAGCGCCUGCGCCAACUUCAGGCAUCCGUGGCCCCGGGGUAUGAGCACUUCCGCCUGGAGGAAUUGCCCUGCCUGUCGGUGUCGGAUCUAUCCAAGGAGGUGAAUGCCCCGAUCACCACCAUCGAGGCCGUACUGCGUGAUGUUGCGGUGUGCAUUCAGCCACGCGGCUCGGCACGGUCCUCGGCCUUGGGCGGCAGCUCACACGCUUCAUCCUACUACCAGACUCCGGGUCAGCGGGGCUUGCUGUUCACCCUGCCGCCCGAGCGCUGGCUCCAGUUGAGCCCUGACACCUAUGAGUACACCGCCGAUCAGCUCCGUCAAUGCCGCCAGAAUCAGUCCCGAGUGUCGGAACUUUUGGCGGCACUUCGCCGCGGGCAUGCCCCCUCCCAGCCGCCAGCCAGCCGGCCAUCGGAGCGCUCGUCGGCCAAAGCCGGCGACAUUCGCGAUGCGCGGGACACUCGGGCGGAUGCGCGCGAUGGGCGCGAUCGCCCGGGCCGGACACACUCGCAGGGCGAGCCUUCCGGCCGGUCGGCGUCUCCCUCAGCGCGGUCGGUGGCCAUGGGGACUCGGCCGCCGGUGUCGAUUGUCGGUGUUGCCAGCCCGCCGGUUCUGUCGGGCGUCUCCUCGGAAUCGGAAUCCAGCUCGGCGCCUGUCAUGCUGCGCCGGCCGCGUUCGGCCAUCCGCACUGAAACGCCUCCAAUGGCGGCGGUGGUCCCCGCGGCGUCCCGCCCGGCUGAGGCCGAUCAUCGGCCCCUGUCUUCGCCACCGUACCACACCACGCCCAGUAUGUCCGCCGGGUCUUCUGCCUCCUCCUCCUCCUCGUCGCUGGGCCUUCCGUCAGCCUCGCCCUCGGGAUCCUCCCCGGGGUCCUUUUCGCCGCUGGCCGCCGGGGCCACGACCGGGGGCCCUGGAAGCGAUCGAAACACCCCCCCGAUGCCGGAUGCCAUGGGCCGGCGUUCGCGCCUCGGCCUCGGCGAUGAGCAUUCGGCCGGCUCUUUCUCACACCCCUCGCCCUCUUCCCUAGCACCGGUGCCGGCUGGGGCUCCCAGCGGCCCGGUCCCGCCCUGCCUCCUUUUCCAACCCCCCCUGCCGAAGGACUACCACUUUGUCCUGCCGUCAGUCGUUUCCUUGGAGCAAGGGCGCGCGUAUCACCUGUUCUUGGUGGCCCUCCUCUGCCGGUGGCGGUUCCUCUCUUGCAGGAGCUCGGCUCGUGCGGCGCACUUUGCCACUCUUGACCCAGGGACCUCCAGUGAAGUGGUGGCCGCCAUCUUCGCCCGGACCCAGCAGUGUCUGAUCCCCUCGCUAUCCUACUUCGCGCCAGGGAUGCCUGGUCAUCUUGAUGGAGGUCCCGAUCACCCGGGAAUCCCGCCUGGGCUGCUGAAUGAGCCACCUGGUGCGGAUGCCGAGCGUGAGGCCGACCGCCGGGCCCACGCGCCCUCAGGAUCACCUUCCCGCGAGGAGCUGGCCGCUCGGGCCUGGCUGCAGCAUGCUCUUCAUGGCGAUCCCGGCGAGCAGGAAGGAGAGAGCGGCCGUGCCCUGGCGGCCUUCUUCUUCGGCCACGAGACGGGUCCAGAGGCUCAGAGGAAAAUCGAAAUCGGCCCGUGCCCGCUUGCCGGGAGCCCCUUUGCGCCGGCCAUCUGCGAAGCUGUUGCCCAGCAUAUGGCUCUCUUUGCCGCUGGCCGGGAUGAUCCCCUGGUCGCCUGUGCUCGGGACAAUGCCGUGGCCACGGCUCUGGCCAUGCGGCUGCUCGAGUGGCGUCGCGAGCACCCGACCGGCCGGGCAUAGUUUUCUUUCUCUCCCCCCCCCCCUCUCUCUC